CCAACCAACACUACUCACAGGACACAUGAGAAAACAGGAAAAAGUCGUACAUUUUAAGAAAGAUAACAAAUUAAACACAGAUUUGUGGUGACGCGAUAAUGAAGCAAAACAAAGAUUUCAAUGAUGGAUACUCGGCGCUCCCCCAAAUCUCGGUUCGGAUUAUAUGAACAGCUUCAUCCGCAGGCACACAAUGGAUAACGAGGAGAAUCCGACGUGCCAAGGAGGGAAGCUUGCCUCUGCUGUAGAUGACACUCUGGAUGAAUAUUUAAUCGCCCUCCAGCACAAAAACAGGAUCCUAAAGCGCCUUAAAGUCAAAGACCCUAGAGAGAUCGAGUUGGAACAGCUUGAGCAAGGUUUCUCUAUUUAUUUAAAUGGAGCAAAUGCUGAUGCCAGUAGGAAGCAGCCCAAGAGCUCCAACCACCAGUCUGUGUCCUCCUCACAUGCUCGGAGGCCUGCACAUACAGCAGAUGCCUGUAGAAGCAUCCACCAGUUAACUGAAGACAGGCGCAAUCUGGAGCAGACCCACAGGAAGAGGAGUCACACUGCCCCCGGAAAGGUCCAGAGGAAAGAAUGGGUACAGGAUUCUGUGAGAAUUCGAACAGAAGAAGGACCAAGUUUGAAAAUCUCCCCAGAAAAGCGCUACCCGGAGGAUUUUGAGCCUUAUGAAAGCAUAGACAUGGAGAGCUCCAGUCCGCGCUCGUCUCAUACCCCCUGCUCCCAAAGAGAUACCCUCAAGGUGUCACGCUCCUUCAGCUCCAGGCCUGAAAGCCAAGGAGGCCAGGCCAGCCAGGAGCACAAUGAGAAGGUACUUCUCAACCUUGAAGAAGUGAAGGUUCUGCGUAGGAGCCUGGAGGUUAGCAUGCGGCGGAGCAAUCGCGGCUCAGCAGGGGAGGAGUCAGAUGAGGAGUGGGUGGAGGAGCAGAUCGAGAGGGAGGAGAGCGUCGAGAGUCUGGAUGAACUGGGACUGCCUCUCACAUCCUCAAAGUCCUCCUCCUCCAGCCCUCGACCCAGCGGCUCCCGCAGCCAUCUUGACUCAGCAAACCUCAUUGUUUUGGACUUUGGGCCCUCACCUAAAGGUCGUAAGCUUGAACGCUCUCUGUCUGCAAAAAGGAAAGAAAGCAUCGACGCUUAUAUACCAACUAAGCCUAUGUUGGUGAAGAGCAAGACAUUAGAUAGGCCACCUUCCAAAGGCAGCUGGGAUAGUCAGAUUUCAGGGUCAAAGAUUCGGGUGGAGAGGCCUCUGUCAGCUGCCAAAAAGGCUUCUUUUGAGGAGCGGGACCCAGAGGAGAUGGCAUGCAGGGUGCGUCAUGCUAUCCAGAGAGAGAACGAUCCUUUGCAGAGUUUUGAGCUCUUCAGCUACAACACGGGCAGGGGACACCAGGCAACGAAUGGCUUAAUGCGCCGCAGCAGCAGCAGCAGUCAUGACAGAGAUGAGAGCAGUGUCACGAUGGCAAUGAACAGAAUAACUCUCUUGGGACCAAGGCAACAACAGAAGCUGCUGAAAGCCUUGGAGAAACUUGAAGCAACACCCAGCAACAACACUGCUCAGAGUGUCAGAACAGACUCUAACAAGCAGCCGCAGAGACGGCGGUCUUCAACCGAGGUCAUACCUGCAUUGUACGUUACCAUGGAGAUCCUGUCAAACUGGGGGAAUGCUCUGCAGGUCGGGCUGACUGAGUUGCAGUUUUUCUGCCUCAGGAACAAGAAGCUGUACGUGUCGCCUCAUGACCUGGACAUCAGGAACACAGACUACCCGGGGAACCUGGAGGCACUUGUUAAUGGAAAGAUGAAGACCACCAAAGAGCGUCACAUGUGGGCGUGUCCGUUCCACCCUCCCAUCCAGCUUUACUUCAUCAUCAGGAACACAGAGCGCUUACCUGACUUUGGAAUAUCUCGCAUCAAAAUCUGGAACUACAACAGAAGCCUGAAUGAUCUUGACAUCGGUGCCCGGCUCAUAAAACUGUACUUGAACAGCACUUUAGUGUUUGAAGGUGAACUAGAGAAGGGCUGCGCCAACCAGGUCUUUGACUACAGCACCUCCAUAGACCUCAAGGAUUUCCAGGCCUCAGACUCCUUGUUCUCCAGCCCCGUGUCCUCAGGACACAGUCUCCGGGGUGCCAGCCCCCAGCGCCAUGAUGACAGGAAGAUUGGGGAGAGCACCACUACCCAGAGACACCUAAAUUCCAAUCAGCAGUUGUCUGACGCAGCAGGCCAGGCUAUGUUAGGUAUGCAGGAAAAAUCUCAUACACCUCUACCGCCCAUCACUCCCUCUCCCUCUGCUCACCGCUCCUCCACCCAGAGAAACUCUUUUGACCUGCCGGAGGAGCCCCUCUCUCUCAGGCAGCAGGUGGAGUCUCCUGCCCCCAUGGAGCAGACGGUCACCACCCAGCCGUCCUCAUCACGGGUGGCCCCUCAGUGGCUGCAGCCCCUGAACAGAGGAGCCCCAGAGGGCUGUGAGACCAGCCGAGAGAGGCCCCGGUGGCUGGUGCCCCAACACUCUGCAGAGCCCAAAUCGCCGUCAUCCUCCUCCUCUUCAAUGCUCCCAGAGCUGCCAUGUAACCCCGCCAGAGUGUGCCGGGGCAAUGAGAGGACAACAAACAGGGGUCAGUGGAAGGCUAACUCUGUGGACCAGAGCUGUGACCUGCUGGAGGAGCUCGGAGAGCAGAAGCCAAACAGACCAAUCAGUGGGCGCAGGAGCUCCUUUAGAAACACUCCAGCCAGUGCCAGGACAACAGAGGAGCAGCAGCGAAGAGCUACUGCAGUGACAAACACAGAGGAGCCAAUGUCACUGGUGAGUAGCCGGAGACAGAGCAGCUCUCGCUCUCAGCUGCACAGCCAACAGGAUGACACCCUCAGGGAGUCCUGGGACUCUCUCACCAAAUUCAACCAAUGCCAGCGUGGACGCAUCUCCAACAUGGGCUUCGAAGGUGACAUCUUUGACGAGUUCCUUCAGCGCCAGGGCCGCGGUCCACCCACUUUGCCCAUUAACACCUCCACAGCCCCCAGGAGCCCACUCUCCUCUUUAACGAAUCAGGGAGUCCCAUGUGAAAACCCUGAAGACGAUUCGUCCAUGGAGCGGGAGGAGGAGUUCGAGAUCCCGGUGUUGCCUCAGGGCCAACGCCUGGUCAUCAAUAUCUUCUCCACAUGGGGCGACCGCCACUAUGUCGGCCUCAACGGGCUUGAGGUGUUCAGCUCCAGCGGGGAGCCUCUACAGCCUGCACACAUUCACGCCGACCCUCCAGACAUCAACAUCCUCCCUGCAUAUGGCAAAGAUCCACGAGUGGUUACAAACCUGAUCAACGGUGUUAAUCGUACCCAGGAUGACAUGCACCUUUGGCUUGCUCCCUUCACCCCUGGCAGAAUCCAUACCAUCUUCCUGGAUUUUGGUGCUCCGUAUCAGGUGGCGAUGAUCAGAGUGUGGAACUACAACAAGUCACGUAUUCACUCCUUCAGAGGGGUGAAGGAAGUGGAAAUGCUGCUGGAUGGACGUUGCAUCUUCAGGGGCGAGAUUGCAAAGGCCUCUGGGACUCUGUCAGGAGGGCUGGACCAGUUUGGUGACACCAUCCUGUUCACCACUGACGAUGACAUCCUGGAGGCCAUGUCUCGAUAUGAUGAAACCUUCCUCAGUGAAGGUGAGUGUCCAGAGAAUCUAGUGUAUGAGGAGGAGCUGCAGAGACCACGCACCGCUGAUGGAGAGGGGGAGGAAAGACCUUUUACACAAGCUGGUUUCAGAGACGAAGACCUUCAACUAAAACUCCACCUCAACCCCCCCUUGAGUCAGUCUGAGGAGAACAUGGAGCAUAUUCCUGGGGUGUACACUGGAAAGUGCCUUAGACUAGAGAUGGUGCUGACUUGGGGCGACUCUCACUACAUGGGCCUGACGGGGUUGGAGGUGGUGGGGAAAGAUGGAGAAAGUUUACCAUUAGACCUCAAUAUGAUGGCUGCCUCCCCUAGAGACCUGAACGACCUACCUGAGUACGGACAUGACCUGCGGACACUUGAUAAGCUUAUGGAUGGCCAUAACAUAACCACAGAUGACCAGCACAUGUGGCUGAUCCCUUUCUCCUAUGGAGAGCCCCACAUCUUAAACAUAACAUUCAGCAAGACCCAGACCAUUGCAGGAUUCCGUAUCUGGAACUACAACAAGUCGCCUGAGGACUCGUACAGAGGGGUGAAGGUGAUCCAUGUGUUUGUGGACGAUGUUGCCAUCUCCCCGCCCGAGGGCUUCCUGAUCAGGAAAGGACCUGGCAACUGUCACUUUGACUUUGCUCAGGAGAUCCUCUUCAUAGAUUUCCUCCAAAAACCCACCGACAGCAAGGGAAUAGAGGACUAUCACAAAGGAAGCUUGAAGAAACAAGAGCAGGCCAGCAUGGACUAUGAAGCUCCCAUCAUGCCUUGUGGAUUCAUCUUUCAGCUGCAGCUCUUAACAACGUGGGGAGACCCAUACUACAUCGGCCUCAACGGCCUUGAGUUUUACAACCAGAGCCACGAGAAGAUGAGUCUAUGUGAAAACAACAUUGCUGCUUUUCCUGACAGCGUAAACAUCCUGGACAAUGUGAGCGGUGAUGUUAGGACUCCAGAUAAAUUAAUAGACGGAGACAACAGCACCCACGAUGGAAGACACAUGUGGUUAGCACCGGUGCUUCCUGGACUGGUAAACCGUGUGUAUGUCAUCUUUGAUCAGCCUGUAACUGUGUCCAUGAUCAAACUGUGGAACUACUCAAAGACACCACAGAGAGGAGUCAAGGAGUUUGGGCUGCUGGUGGAUGACCUCCUGGUGUAUAACGGCAUCCUGGACUGUGUCAGCCAUGUGUCAAGAGGUAUCCUGCCCACCUGUGAUCCAGAGGUGCCCUAUCACACCAUCCUGUUCACAGACAAUGCCUACAUCGCACACAGGGAGAGGAACACUGUCAUCAGUAAUUAUGUGGAGGAUCAGGAUGUGAAGAUGACCAAUGAGAACCAAAUAGUCCAUCACAGCAAGAAGGUGCCAACAGCAGAUCCAGCUCUUCGGCCGAAAACCUGCAUGACUGAUGGUGGGAAACAUGGAAAGAGGAGGUACUGACAGAAAGGAUGGAACCAUGGCUGACUUUUUGCUUGCUUGGUUUUUUUUUUUUUUUUUUUUUGCUCGCUGACUUUUGAAAACCUCCUUAAGUCGGAAGUUUCUGGUGCACACUGAAGAGGACAGAGCUUGGAUAACACUGGGUUUGUGCACACCUCUUUCCCUUUGCAAAUAUAAACAUACCAAUGCAGAUAUGUCAACAUGUGUGGACAGGUACUGUAUGAAAAACGCCCAGUUGCCCCUUCCACAGUGCCAGGAUAACCUACAAGGCUGCAUUAAAUCAGCCUAAUUAUUGUGCCUAGUUCAUAACACUAUAUCUGUGGCUGCUAGUUGUGAAAUUGUGCUGCAUAUUUAACGCUGCUUGUUGCGUGCAAAUACUUCAAAAAGAAAAAAAAAAAAAAAAAAGCUCUACGGCCACAUGUAAACACUGUCACAUCAGGAUGUGGCCUAAGCUACAUUUAUAUUUAAUCCACUGAUGAGCCUACAGGAUCAGCUCUCUGCCUAAAGGGCAUGAAAGCUGACCAACACUCCCACCAGAGCACCAACCUAUCACAACGCUAUGCAGACACUCAUUUAUAUCUAUCAAUAGUUUAUAUAUGUCCACUGAUAUAUUUCAAAGCCACACGGAUUUACUCCACAGAUGUUUUCAACCUUAAAAGAUUUAUAUGAAUGGUUAAAAUACACCUGGAAAAAAGAUAUUAAAGCUCCUGUGAGGAACUUUUGGUUUGUGUUAAUUUUGGCGCCCCCUGUGGACAAAGCUCUUCAUUGUGUUGCUUUGAUGAUUUUGUACAUGUAAUUGAGCCAUUUGAAGCUUAUUUCUUGUCACAGUCAAACAUAUCAGUCAUUGCUAAUCUGCUGUUGGUGUCGUUGAUCACUGACACCUUUAGCAAUGACUUCAGGCUUUAAAAGCAACUAGAUACAGAUAGUCAAUCUUUUGUUGAUGAUCUGGUUUUUUUCUUCACUAAUACAGAUCAAUAUUUAUUUCAGUCUGUUUCUUAACAAGCUAAGUACUUGUCACAGGAGCUUUAAAUUGAUCACAUUUUGUACAUUUUCAACUUCAAUGAAAAAAGUAAAUCUUUAGACUACAGUUUUGACUCUUCAGAAUACAGUGAAUUCAAGAAGUAUUCCACCCCUUUUCACUUUGCUCAAUUUUGUUGAAGCCUGAUACUGGAGUCAUAAAAAAAUAUUUUCAUUCUCAUUAAUCUACACUCUAUUCCAUCCUGACAAAGUGAAAACAGAAUUUGAAAAAAAGCAAAUUAAUUGGAAUAAAAAACCUGAAAUAUCACAUUUAGAUAAGUAUUCUGACCCUUUGCAAAAACACUUAUUUCUCGUCCUAUUUCUUUUGAUAUUUGCUGAGAUAUUUCUACACCUUGAUUGGAGUCCACCUGUAGUAAAUUAAAUUGAUUGAAA